ACAUAUAUAAACCUUUGAAUGCAUCUAUUCACUUCAAUACCAGGUAACAAAUCUGCAAUCAAAGAUGCGUAUAUCCGCUUGUCUUAUAUUUAUCGGCCUGGCAUACGCCACUGAAGGAGCUCCAUCUCCUCCUACCGUAAGUAAGGAUGCUUUUAUCGAGGCUCCUAUCGAUAUUAAGGAUGUUUGUAACGCUCCUAUAGGCAAAUUUAACUAUCAAGUGUCAUUGAGACUAGAGAACGGCACGCAUAUAUGCAGUGGAUCUAUUCUUGAUGAUUUAAAUGUGCUAACUACAGCAAAUUGUGUUUUUGAGUGGAAGUGUUCAUUAAAUAAAAUACAGAUCUAUGCCGGCACAAACCUUUUAAACGAAUCAAGAUAUAUUUAUGACAUAAAUAGUAUUAUCAUCCACCAAAAUUACGACCCGUAUUUAUUCGUUAAUGACAUCGCCUUGAUUCACCUUAACGUACCCAUGGGAUUCAACGUACUAGUGCACCCGAUAAAUCUUCCAAAAUCCAAUCAAAGUUUCGAAGGCAAACCGUGCACGUUAGCCGGAUGGGCUAAAACAAAUGGACAGGAGUUGCAAGAAACUGAGUUAAUAGUUUAUAAGCAGAAAGAAUGUGCGAAAUAUCAUUGGCAAUUGACAGGCAACAGCCAUAUCUGCACUUCAGCUCAAAACAGAACGGUUGUAUGCCAGAAUGAUUUUGGUGCACCAUUGGUCGUCAAUGGAGUUCAAAUUGGAAUCGCUUCCUUCGGCAAUUCUUGUAAUGCUGGAGAGCCAGAUGUUUACACAAGAGUGGGCAGUUUCCUGUCUUGGAUCAAUGAAAAUUUGAAGACAAAAGAUACUUAAUUCGUUUAUUAAAUACCAUUUGA